CCUGGGUUGCACUUGCCGCACGCAGGAACAAUUGGCAGAUCAGUCACUACUCCACCACUGCCCACCUCCUAUGCCUCCCUUGCUCAAGGCAUGACUUUUGGGGCUUCAAUUAAUCAAAUUGUGACCUCAAAAUUAGUGGCCGUUGAAGAUUACUUGUCUUGGCGUACUCAGUUUGAAUCCUAUUUGGUUGCUAAUGGUCUUUUGGGUUUUCUAGAUGGAUCUCUUCCUGCUCCACCGUUGUAUAUCUAUGACUUAUAUCAAAUUCAAUCUCCAAAUCCUGAAUAUUAUCAUUGGCUCAAAUUGGAUCAAACGAAUCCCGGUUUAUGGCUGCCAGUCUAGCUCGCUCCAUGGAAUUAAAGCAGAUGUUGUCCCAUACUAAGAAGAAGGAGAAUCAGUCCAUGGAAGAUUAUGUUCGUCGAAUUCAGAAUAUUGCUGAAAAUUUAGCCUCAAUUAAUUCGCCGGUCUCCGAUACCGAUCUCAUUCAGCACACACUCUUGGGCUUGGGACCGGGAUAUGAAUCACUCGUGGGACCCCUCACUUUGUUUCCUGAAGGGCUCACCUUUGACAAAUUAUGCACCAAAUUGGUUCAUCAAGAUGCCCGUCUCCGCUACCAACAGUCCUUGGACGUCAUCCCUACUGCUCCAGCGUUUGCGGCUCCUAACUCGGCAGAUGGUGG